UUUAGAUACUACAUUGUCCACAGGAAGUGAAGAAACGAACACCGACUUUUCCCAAACAGCGAUUUUUCUUGCCGUAGGAUUCGCGGUUGCACUGAUAAUUGCCGUCAGUUUUGCAAUCAGUAUAUACAAAAUAAGAGCAAUAACAAUGAGAAAAAGACGAAAAGAAUUGAUGCGUCUCCCAAGUAUUCCAAAAUCACAGGACCCUCCAUACGAAAUGCAAGUAACCAAUCCAGAGAAUCCGUAUUUCGAUCCCGACUAUGAAAUAAUAGAGGAACAAGAUGAGGGUUACGAACAUUUGCCAGAACCAGGAGAAACAACUUUAACUCUAACAGACGGCGAUGGGCCAUAUAUAGAUCCUGACAAUGUAGACGGAAAAUAUUUAGAUGUAGUGCAUAGCGAAAAAGAACCCAAUGAUUACAUUAACGUUUCUCCUUACAUUGAAUUAGUAGAUGAUACAAUUGACGAUGUUCUUAAAUCAGAGGCUGUGGACAUUUUACAAUCAGAGAAUGCUGCUGCAAUAAAUUUAACGGUGAAAAUAGAUGUGGAAGAAAAUAAAGAGGUAAACGAAGAUUUUCCACCAUGAAUGCAAUUCAGAUUUUGAAUACCAAUAGUUUUUUAACAUGUACAUAUAUUCAACCUUUCUGUAAAUCUAAGAAUUUUUUAAUCACAAGUUACAAAUACCAAGAACAUCAUCUUUUUAGAUAAUAAGGUUCAUAUCCAGCUUGCGUAGGAUGAUUAAAAGAUAGAAAAUUUGUUUCGUAAUUAUGUAGAGAUGUUGUCGAGGAAAAGAGUACCAAACUUAAAAGAUCAUUUCGGAAAACUUACCAAAUCAAUUUUGUAUAUGCAUUUCCAGUUUUUUAAAAACAUGAUUUUAGUUUGU